AUGAGCUGGUUCAACCCCGCCGCCGACGAGAACGUGUCGCUGGUGCGCCCCGACUACUUCGUCAUCAGCGGGCUGUCGGGCGUCCGCCACAUCCAGCUGUACUACGUCUUCCUCUUCCUGCUCUACCUGCUCUCGCUGCUGGGCAACGGCGCCGUCAUGGCCGUCAUCUGCCUGGACCGCGGGCUGCGGACGCCCAAGUACGUGGCGGUCUUCAACCUGGCCCUGGUGGACGUGCUGGGCAGCUCGGCGCUGGUGCCCAAGCUGCUGGACAUCUUCCUGCUGGGCCACCGCCGCAUCGCGUACGGCGAGUGCCUGGCGUUCCUCUUCUUCUGCUACACCUCGCUGUGCAUGCAGUCCUUCAACCUGCUGGCGCUGGCCUACGACCGCCUGCUGGCCAUCACCUUCCCGCUGCACUACCCGGUGCGCAUGACCCACCGCCGCAUGCUGUCGCUCAUCGCCGCCUCCUGGCUGCUGGCGGUGGUGCUGGUGCUGGCGGCGGCGGGCCUGCUGACGCGGCUGUCCUUCUGCCGCUCGCUGGUCAUCAACAGCUACUUCUGCGACCACGGCCAGAUCUACCGGCUGGCGUGCAACAGCCACUUCCCCAGCUACGUGGUCAGCUGCGUCUACCCCGUGGUGAUCUUCUGGCUGCCGCUGGCCUUCAUCCUGCUCAGCUACGUCUCCAUCGGCUGCGCCCUGGCCAAGGUGGCGGCCGCGGCGGAGCGCCUGAAGGCCUUCAAGACCUGCGUGGCGCACCUGUCGCUGGUGGCCGUCUACUUCGUGCCGCUGCUCGUCACCUUCACGCUCAUGGAGAACAUCCACCCCCACGCCAGGAUCAUCAACCUGUCGCUCACCUCCGUCUUCCCGCCCGCCUUCAACCCCAUCAUCUACACGCUGCAGACGCAGGAGAUCAAGGAGUCGCUCAAGAAGCUGCUCGCCGGACGCCGCAGGGGCAAGGUGGCCGCCGGCAGGCACGCCGCCGUCUGCUGA